CCGCGGCCAAGCUGCUUGGCGACCCAUCGUGGCACCACCUCUCCAGGCUCAAGAGGACCCCGGAGCAGCAUGACUUCUAUAAAUGUGAUGUAUUGGGUCCCACUAAGGUCCGCCUUAGCCGUCCUCCCCCUCCUUCUCCUCCCGGCCCUGAGCAACCUACACCAACCCCCACCCGCUUAUGUGUGGAGAUUCAAGGUCCGUGAAACCUACUAUCAGAACGGCAAACAAGUCACCCGGCAGGUAGGAUCUCAGGACUGCCCUCUAGCGGGAUGCCAGACAAGGAUGCAGAUGGCUGUCGACAUCCGGUCAGUGUACCAUGGUGGCCGGCCCUAUGCUUGUUUUGCUUACGACCAAGAGGACCCAGACAGGUGUAAUCAAGAGGUCGACACCUAUGGGGGUUGCCGCUGGAGGGGCUGUGUUGUCAAUGAUGCCUACAGGGGUGGCUCCUUUAUCUGGAAGGAUGGGGCCUUCCACAUCAUAAUCCAGGAUCCCUGGGACCAGCGAUGGGUUACGGGUGUCGUGGGAAAGCUAUACUUAAGUAGUUGGAGCUCAACCCCCUCAGGGACCAUUUACAUCUCCCGGGAAUAUGUCCUGGCCCAAGAGGCCCAAGUCCAGGUCUCCAACAGCAUCCUACAGGCCGAACAGUCCCUUAAAGGGAAGCUGCCUGACUCCCCCCGGGUAGAAGUCCUGUCUUCUUGGCUCCAACUUAUUCAACACACCCUACUAUUCCUCAACGAGACCCACACCCUGCCCAAUGUCUCCCACUGCUUUCUGUGUGCCUCUCUCCGAAGGUCUUUGCUGGCUGCCGUCCCACUCACAACUUCUCCAAGGGCCCAAGGGAAAGGUGAAUGCCAGCCUCCCGUGGCUGGCAUUCCCCUUUGGGAACCUGAAACUCCAGAGCCCACCCUGCCCCCACGGAUAUGCUACCAGACCAGUAAUCCGGUAACUGGGGGACGAGUCACGUGGAACUGCACCCAGAACUACACUGCAUCCAGCCUCACCAAGGCCAGUCCGGGUACCUUCUUUUGGUGCAAUGGCACCUUAAGUAACUGCAUAAACUCCUCUGACCCCGGGCCCUGCUUCAUCCUCAUGGUAGUUCCCCAACUAACCUUAUAUGGAGAGUCAGAGCUCGCCUGGCUGCUCCCUCCGUCCCGCCGCCGGACUCGCCGGGCAGCCUUCCUCCCUGUCAUGUUAGGGCCCCAUGCCUCCUCAAGUUCAUCCGCUCCCGGAUCGCGGAGAUGUCACGGGUGACUGUGAAUCAGCUCCUGCUCCAUCCCUACACUCUGGCUCCCCUCCGACCUGCCUCUGCCUAACCCUGGCCUUUAACCACCACCCCCCCCUCGUCGUCCCUGUUCAGCUGGAAGCAGUCAGAGAGUCGCCUUCCCUUAUCACCAAAAGGCCGGGAUGUUAGGUCGGAGAGAGCCCAGGAUCGAGCCCAGGAUCGAAUACAUGCAGGCAUGUGAUGAGACAAUGGACUCCCCCUGGAAUUUCUCACAGACCUGGGAUUUCUCACAGGUCAACGUGCCAGACACAGAUGGCUCCUUCUC